AUGCGUUCCAAGUUCAAGGACGAGCACCCGUUCGAGAAGCGCAAGGCCGAGGCGGAGCGCAUUCGCCAGAAGUACAACGACCGCAUUCCCGUCAUCUGCGAGAAGGUCGAGAAGUCGGACAUCGCGACCAUCGACAAGAAGAAGUACCUGGUACCCGCCGACCUGACCGUCGGACAGUUCGUCUACGUGAUCCGUAAGCGCAUCAAGCUGUCACCUGAGAAGGCCAUCUUCAUCUUCGUUGAUGAAGUUCUGCCGCCUACCGCCGCGCUCAUGAGCUCGAUAUAUGAGGAGCACAAGGAUGAGGAUGGCUUCCUGUACAUUACGUACUCCGGCGAGAACACAUUCGGCGAGGCUAUCUAG